CUCCCCCUCGCGGCGUCGAGCAAAGCCAAAAACUACUACUCCUCUCGAGGCGACGACGAAGAGGAGAGGAGAAAUCUAGCGGCGGAAGCAGCAGCUGCGAGAGGCGGAUUUUUCGAUUCGGUUCGAGGCGAGGCGGAGCGGAGGAGGAGGAUUCGAGGCGAUGGAUCGGUACCAGAGGGUGGAGAAGCCGCGGGAGGAGGCGGCCAUCGGCGCCAACGAGAUCCGCAUCACCGCGCAGGGCCGCACCCGCAACUACAUCACCUACGCCCUCGCCCUGCUCCAGCAGGACAACGCGACAGAUGAAAUCGUUAUCAAAGCUAUGGGAAGGGCGAUCAACAAGACCGUCGCAAUUGUGGAGCUUCUCAAGAGAAGGAUUGUUGGUCUCCAUCAGAAUACCUCUAUUGAAUCAAUCGACAUAACUGACACUUGGGAACCAUUGGAAGAAGGGCUUAACACCCUUGAGACUACCCGCCAUGUUUCCUUGAUUACCAUUACAUUGUCAAAGAAGGAGCUGGAUACGUCAUCUCCUGGUUACCAACCACCGAUACCGGCUGAUCAGGUCAGGCCGCCAACUGACUUUGAUCAGGAGGCAGAGGCCGUGCCCAGUGGUCGUGGAAGAGGACGUGGUCGCCGUGGAAGGGGCAGGGGAAGAGGGUUCAACAAUGAAGAUUAUGAUGAUGAGCAUGGAGAUGCAGAGGUCCCACAGCCUCAGGGAUAUCGUGGCAGGGGAAGAGGAAGGGGCAGGCGUGGAUCCUUUGGACCUGGCAGGGGUUAUGGUGGAGAUGGUUUUGCAAUGGAAGAAGCUGGUGGAUAUGAUGAUGGGGAGCCUAAUGCACCUCCUAUGCAAGGGCAUGAAGGUGGCAGAGGAAGGGGCCGUGGUCGAGGCCGAGGCUGUGGACGUGGUCGUGGUGGAGGCCGUGGCCGUGGACCUCCUCCUCCUCCUCAAGAGUAGAGAUUGGCUGGCUCGUCAACUAUCCAAUGCAGUGACUCGUCUUCAUUAGAUUAGUGUUAUCUUCUGCUGUAACUUAAUCUGUUUAGGUUUUUAUGUUCAAAAGUUUGACAUAGUGACUUCAGUGUGGGGGAUGCGGCUAGUUAUGAUUUUGUAGCUAGGUUAUUCUUCCAUUUGCUUUUUCCUCAGUUCUAUUACCAUUCCAACUGUGCAUUGUAGCAUCUUUUUAGUGUGUUGUCCUCAAAUCUAGCUCAGAAGAUCCAUUUGUUAUGGUGUUGGAAGAUCGCACAGCAUUUUCUAUGAAUGUGCAAAUCGUAUCGAACUCGCUUUUGAAUUGGAUAUGGUGACGUUGCAUAUGUUUUUGCUCGACUUU